CGCGCCGGCUCGGCUCGGCUCGGCUCUGCGGGGCGGGGAGGGGGCACCACUUCUCUGAGUCUCCCCACCACAUCGUUAUGGACCUAUUCGACUUUUUCAGGGACUGGGACUUAGAGCAGCAGUGUCACUAUGAGCAAGACCGGAGUGCACUUAAGCGGAAGGAAUGGGAGAGAAGAAACCAGGAAGUCCAGCAAGAUGAAGAUCUCUUUGCUUCAGGUUUUAACCUCUUUGGGGAACCCUACAAGACAAAUAAAGGCGACGCCCUUGCAAACCGUGUCCAGAACACAUUGGGAAAUUAUGAUGAGAUGAAGGAUCUGUUAACCAACCACUCCAACCAGAGCCACCUUGUAGGAAUCCCAAAGAAUUCUGUCCCACAGACACCCAUUGACAAAAAUGAACAGAACUUUUUCCCAGAACCGAGGAACAGGAUGAUCCCAUCUCAUCAGAUCAGCGGCAACUCAUCAACAUCAAUGCCUCCACCUUCUUCAUUGUCAUCUAAUUCUGCUUUGCUGCACAGCCACCAGAGCAGCAGGAAGUCGAGGACAGACUGGUCACGCAGUGGUCACAACUCCAGUGGGGCCCAGCCAAGCCAAUCCAGUGGUCAGCAGAGUCGGACAAAGCACAGCUCUUCUCAUGACCAGUCACAGGGCAGGUAUGAAGAUCUCUAUAACUGCCAGAGUGAGCAGCAUAAGAGUGGGGGAGCUGAGGAAGCAAAUGCUAUGGCAACAUCUUCACAUUCGAGAAGGCACACUCAUGCAAAGUCAGCACCUGGAGAACACACUUACAAAGAAAACAGUCAUUCGAAGUCACCCACAGAGCUUGAGUUUGUAGGCCAUGGUCCUGGAUCUCCACUUCCUUCCACUUCUUUGUUAACUGCAAACAAUGGUCUUUCCACUCAGAAUUUCCCGCCAGGACUUCACUGUAAGAACAGCAUGGUCCAGCAAAAGCCUACAGCUUAUGUCAGGCCUAUGGAUGGUCAGGACCAGGUACCCAAUGACUCACCUGAACUGAAACCCCCAAUAGAGAUUGAGAGUGGAUAUGGAAAUCAGUCCUUUGGAGCACUGCUGGAAGGAAAAGUGAACACACCUAGCUCGAAGAACAAAGUACCAAAGCUCAACAUUCCUCCUGUUAGUGAAGUUGCCCUUCCCAAUGACUCCAGCUGUGUGGAAGAAAUACUGCGGGAGAUGACCCAUUCCUGGCCUCCUCCUCUCACUGCUAUUCACACUCCGGGCAAGGCUGAGCAGACCAAGUUUUCUAUCCCAAGCAAGGAUUCCCAACAUCUGACCUCAGGAUACAAUGUACAAAAGUGGAGUGAUCCAGCAGGGAAAGUUGCAACUAAGUCAGUGCCACAAAAGUCAAUGCUUGAGGAUGAUCUAAAACUCAGCAGUGAUGAAGAUGAUAAUGAACAGGCUGCCGAAAAGACAAAAUUGAGAAACAUUCCUGUAAACAGCCUGCCAGUGCCAGUGGCACACGCCGCUGGCUUGGCCCAUUCCAGCGGCGGCUCCGGCAGCUCCAGCGAGUCCGAGAGCAGCUCCGAGUCCGACUCCGACAGCGAGAGCAGCUCCAGCGACAGCGAGUGCAACGGGGAGUCACGCAGUGCCACGCCAGAGCCCGAACCCCCCUCAACAAACAAAUGGCAGCUGGAUAAAUGGCUAAAUAAGGUGAACCCCCACAACAAGACCAUCAUCAACAAUCAAAAUGAGCCUCACAGUGAGAGCAGCUCCCAGGCCCAGAGCAACCAGCAGGCCGAAGGGCCAAACAAAGGGAAGCUCAACAGCAGCCUGCCCCCGACCGAUUCCAAAGACCGGGCGAUCCUUAGUCCCAUCCGAGAGAAAGCCAAACCACGGGUUGCCCAGAAAACCCCAGAGGCAAAAAGCUCCAAGCAGAAGUCACCAGCUCAUAAUGAGCCAACUUCACAAAGGACUACUGGGAAAAAGCAACCCAAAAAGGUAGAAAGGACUUCCAGUGUAGAAGAGUAUAACUGGCCCAAACCAAAUAAUACCAGCAACACUCCCAAAGAAAAAGACACACAGGAACCCCCCGAGCAGCCAAAGGUUCGAACUAAAGCAGCAGUUGGGAAGACAGCUCCAAGGAAAGAACCACGAACUAGCACAGGUCUCACUUCAGAGAAGAAAAAGUACAGAGGCCCCAGCAAAAUUGUCCCAAAGUCCCGGGAGUUCAUUGAAACGGAUUCAUCUACUUCUGAUUCAAACACAGACCAGGAGGAGAGCUUGCAGGCCAAGGUGCUGCCAGCCUGCACUGGGUCUGGCAGUGGUGUCAAAGUGAAGGACUCUGGCAGUAACAUCCUCAGCGUAAGUAGCUUAACCAGCAAUGGCAGCAACACAUCCAUUGACCAGACCAGCAAUGACCUGGAGGAGCAGCUCUUUUCUCCUAUCCCAAUAGUACAAAACGAACUUCUGUCCCCACUGAGAGAAUAUGAAGAACUCAAAUCUCUGUGGGUGAAAAUAGACCUUAGUUUACUCUCUAGGAUACCUGGACAGGAAACUUUUGAGACCACAUCUGUGAAAAGUGACCCAAGAGAGGCAAAUGUGAAACACAGGCGACCAUCUCGAGAGUCCCCUACCCCAGCAGCUGAAAAACCCUCCACAAAAUCCAAAAGGAAACACAAGCAGACAGAAAGCCUGGAUACCUUUGUGGAAAGCAAGAAGCCGCGCCUGGAGGACCCUCCUGCUUCCUGUCUGCUCCCACCUUGUAUCUCUCCAAUACCGAACCACAGAAUAACCAGCACGAAAGAGAGCAGCACUAGCUCGGUGAAGAAGGUGACAAAGAAAAGAGAAGAGAAGCUGUUCCCUCCUCCCUUGUCCCCACUCUUGGACGACCCUGUGCACCGGCGGCACAGCAGUGACAACAGCUCCUUCAGCCAGGAGCCCACUGUCACUAACACCUCACAGACCAGCAGCUCUUCCUCCUCUGUUUCUAAACACAGAAAGAAUGAAAAUAAAUCUUCUUCUAACCCCAAAGGAAUCUGUGAGGAAGAAUCUCACAGUACACCCACAGCCAACACUCUUCUUGACACCAGCCAUCUAGAGCCAGACAUCUGGUCUGCAAUGCCAACGCUUUCCAAUGGGAAUUCUGAGCCCAGAAGACCCAAAAUAACAUUUGAUGAUGUGCUGCACAAUGCAGAUUAUUACAUGCAAGAAGCUAAGAAGCUGAAGCAUAAAGCCGAUGCACUGCUGGAGAAGUUCGGUAAAGCAGUGAAUUAUGCUGAUGCUGCCCUCUCCUUCAUCGAGUGCGGGAACGCUAUGGAGCGAGAUCCAUUAGAAGCUAAAUCUCCAUACACCAUGUACUCAGAGACUGUGGAACUCAUCAGGUAUGCAAUGAGACUCAAGAAUUUCACAGGCUCUUCUGCCACAGAAGGGGACAAGAAAUUAGCAGUUUUAUGCUACCGAUGCUUAUCACUUCUCUACUUGAGAAUGUUUAAACUAAAGAAGGACCAUGCUAUGAAGUACUCCAGAUCUCUGAUGGAAUAUUUUAAGGGUUUUACAAGGUGCUACACAGACGUGAAAGGCAGAAUGAGUAAGCAGAACUCUUCAAAAGCCUCACAGGCCCCCUCACCUUGGGGCGGCAAUGGAAAGAGCACAGAAACCCCCUCGCCCAUGUCCCUGAGCCCGUCCCCUGUCAGCUCUGCUGGAAGCAGCUCGGGCAGCGCGGGCUCGUCCUCGGCGGGGACCAUCACCAUCCCGCAGCGCAUCCACCACAUGGCUGCCAGCCACGUCAACAUCACCAACAACGUCCUGCGCAGCUACGAGCACUGGGACAUGGCUGACAAGCUGACCAAGGAGAACAAAGAGUUCUUUGUAGAGCUGGACUCAGUGAUGGGACCCUUAACACAACACAGCAGUAUGACCAAUCUGGUUCGUUACGUUCGCCAGGGACUCCACUGGCUCCGCAUCGAGGCUCAUUUGUUGUAGUGACUGCUGCCCUGCUCAUGACAUCCCCAUUCUUCUACCUCUACCAGCGCAGAGACGAUCACUGGUGGAACUCCACUCAUUUUUGGAAGUUUAUUCAUGUAACUUCAUUUUUAUUGCCUUUUUUAAUAUCCUAUCUAUUGGAAGUAGAAGUCACCAUAAAUGAAACUUAUGACUCAAGAGCAGUAUGUGUUGUACCAUCUAAUCAUCUUUGACAAUUUUCUAUGCCUUGUGUCUCCUGGAUCCUGCCAUCCUUAUGUGCUUUAUGGAACGGUACAUUCCCUGCAGUGUUGUUUUAAGUCCAUGCUGCCUUCAAGUGAAAACAAAAAAAGCACUUUGAGAAGAUAUGGAUUCCUGAGAAAUAGUACAAAGCGUCUUAAAUAUUUGAGGGUAUAUAUGAGAAGUCCCUUCUGAAAUAAAUUAGUAGAAGUUAUAGCUAUUCAUUCAAAAUCAUCUUCUGAACCUGAACCAAGCUUUUUGACGCUUAAUUCUGGCAUCAUUACCCGACUCAGUACAUUCCUAAGAUUUCAUACUCCCUCUGGGUUUAAUCUCUAAAAGAGAAUGUUGAAUAUCUUACAGGUACAUAAUGUAAGAUCACCAAAGGUGUUAAGAGGUAAAAGGUUGAAGGAAUGCCUCAUUAAAGAAUGAUGACACACUAUGCAAUGAGGUUUUGAUAUUCCAUUCUUCCUGUUUAUUGUUGGCUUAAUCAUUUCAGUAGGCAGCAGAAUUUAUUGCAGUUUUUAGGCAGUUUCAAAAUAUUAGCUUUCUUAGUCUUAUCUACCAUUACCGUACUAAAUCUGUGAAUUUUCUUUCUGUUUUACUGUUUAGUCUCAAACAAAUACUUAUCCAAGAUUUUUCUUCACAGAACAAUCUCUCCUUGCAUAGUGACUCACUGAAAGCAGAUUUUAACAGGACUGCUGCACUCUAAGCAUUGAUAUUGUAUGUAGAAGUCCAUUAAUAAGUGUAUGCAGAUUCUCCAUGAACUAUCUAGAAGUUUAACUAACCAGCUACUGUUGAAACAUUAUAAUUCCAUGUGGCAUCAAUUUUCACCUGUUUUGUUCAUUUCAGAGCAUUAGAAACGAACAGUAUUAUCUUGCUAUCUUGAAAACAUUGUCAAAUUAAAUAAAAUCACCAGAUUUACCCAAAAGCAAUAUAACAUUUGUUUAAUAAUGGCCAUGAAUACUUCAGUCAGAUUACCUUUUUUCCAAGCUCUGCAUCUGUUUACCCAUGCUGUCAUGUUUUGGACCAUUCCUCUAAUGCGUGAAUAAUAAUGAGACAAUUCAGAUAGAAUUUCAAAGCAAUUGUGAAUAAAUUGCACCAUUUCACAUUUGCUCUUUCCUCUUGUUUUUUUCCCUGUUAUAAACUGCACUGCUCUUCUGGUGCCACUGCAAGAAGCGCUGGUGCAUGAAACAAAACAAAAUGAAUUUAUAUCAAUAAUUCACAAGACUUUAAAUGGUCUCAUCUCAUUCUUGAUAUAACGCCUGCAUACCUUACUGAACUGUAAAUUCCAUUUCUAUAAACAGAAAACGCUCAUAGCAAUGUAAAUAUUAUUCUGUCUCAUCUCAUUGAAAUAAUACAAUAUGUGUAUUAAAUGCCAUCCAGACAUUAGUUAAUUGCAAUUACCUUCCGCUAUAUAAACCUGUAUAUUCUUUUAUCUGGUGAGUUAUUGGAUUCUACUCACUGGGUUGUGACCAGAUAAACAGGACAAAUUUGCAUUUAAAAGGUUCAGACUGUUAAGAUUUUUAGAGCAGGCCUUGGAUAUUUGCAAUAAGAGCAGUUUAAGGACUCUGCCCAGUGCACAUUUAAGACAAACAUUUCUGUAGCUGUAGCAUAUUAGCUCCCUGUAGUACUACCUUUUCUUAAAAAUCAAUAAUUCCUAACAUUUUGUUCCACAAGCCUGUAUUGUAAACACAGCCAACGUGCAUCAUUAGAGAAAUUAUGCAGUGUAGGGUUUCUGCUAAGGACGUUUGCAGAACAUGCCCAUCCUGUAUUAUCUGCACAUUCCUGUUCCUGAAGUGGUUGAUUCACCCUUAUCUGUUCUCUGAGGGUUUCAGUAACACGGCUGAAACCUGAAUCUGACACAUUGGUCAUGCCAACUCUGGCCCCAGUAGCUAAUGAAUAAAACCACAGCAGUGAGAACUAUUCAGAAAUGUAGAUGAAUGGUGGUGGUCAGGGUUUUUUAAAAGAAAAAGAAAAUUAAACAUUUGAAAUAAUUUUUUUAACAGUUUGGGUACUUAAGAUGAGCUAAGGUUGGGCUGAUUUUGUCAUAAGCCAGAGUUUUCCAUUCUUUUUGCAAGUAACUACUCAGUCUAAUUAAGUGCAUAGUCAUCCCUUGCUCCUUUAAUGUAGGUUGAAAUCCAAGACUUCCAUGCAUUUACAAGGGAUAGCAAUGUCUUGAAAGACAGUCUUCAGACACAGGACUCUUCAGAGUUUGCUGCAGUCGCUCAGUAAUCACCAUAUAUUAUCUUUUCCCUGUUGCUUGUGGUAAACAGGCUCCUAUCUCUGAAUUUACCCCACGAUCACAAUCUUUUGCUUAAACAGCUUAAGGAAUUAGCCCUCCUGAUUUUGUAUCCUGUGACUUAGGUUGAAAUGUAUGCUGAAUCAAUGGCAUGAUGAUAAUAAGUCCAGCAGUCAAGUCUAGGAUCACAAGCCAACUUACUAUUUAGCAGUCUUGUUUCAAAAGCGGCUUAGAAACAAAUUAAAUAUGGAGAGUAAAUUACUGUCUUAUCCCUGGGGAUGAUGCUUCUUUUGGGUUAGUUAUUAAGGAUUAUUGCACUUUUACAAGCACUAUAUUCAUCUCAUUUCAAUUGCCAACAUGUCAUCUUUGUGGAAUCAUUUUACCCCUUAAAAUAUUACUUCCAGCAGAGCUAAUCAAAUAAUAUUGUUUGUUUGUUUCAAUCCAUGGGGAAGCAGCAUGUCUGUGCUUGGGCUUUUGCAAUGUCUGCACUUAAAACUGCCCAAGUUAAGCUUUCAGACUCAUGAACCAAGCAUCAAAAAUUACAAGAUUGGCUUAAAAUUGUGGUUUGGUUUUGUUGGUUUUUUAAAUAAACUCUUUGGUUCCUGUAUUGCCUUCUGGAUGGUGAGCUUUGGGACUGGUUUAAUGACGCAUUUUCAGGCAUUUUACAAGCGUGCCAAGGGCUGGAACUGACACAUUUCUUUUUAAUAGUGAUAAACUGGAACAGUGAUAUAAUCUCUUGACUUCUGUAGCUGGAUUUAAGAAGGACACCAGGCUUUGUAGAACACUGCCAGAACUGACAAGACUGUCACUUGUGACCCAUGCCUGAGAAGGUUUGGAGCAAUAUCAAGAGUUCAGCAAUGAAGGGAGCAGGCCUGUAAAGGGCUAAACUCAGGCAUUUGGGGUGCACGACCCAAGGGCAAUAAAGUCCUAAAAGUUCAAGAGAGGCAUUUACAUAGCACUUAACCUCCACUUCAAGGGCUGCAGCACGUCUUAGGUAUUUGACAAUGUACAGGCAGAAUAUCCAGCUCCAAGUGCACUGAACAUCUCCAGCCAUGGGAUGUGUGUUGGGUGCUUGAGAGCAGGGAGCUGAGGGAAAGCCUUUCUGUGAUCGUGUUGGUGGCAACUUUCAUGGCUUUCAUCUUAAUUUCACUUUUUCUUACAUGUUCUUUGGACUUUCAAUUAUUUAAAUAUUCUCUCUGUGAAUAGAUUGCCUCAUUUAUAAAUUAUCUCCUUUGAAAAGUAGAGACAGAUCUGUUGAUAGUUAUGUGGGGGAUUUUAAAAAAUAGGAUUGGAGAUCUUCAUUCCUCCUAAAGAAACAAAAUUAGCCAAUUGAAUCUGGAAUUUAAGUUCCAUGCUUUUUUAAAUGUCACAGAUUUUAUUAUGUUCUUCUGUUAUGACAGUUUAGAUUCACUGAUGUUUUUAAGUACUUUGGAAAAAAUUGUUUCAGUGAGUUUUUAUCAGCAUUUAAUGCUGUCUAAAUCCAAUUAUUAGUUUUGUGUGUGUAAAUUAACAGAUAACAAAAAUGGGGCUGGUAGGGAUUCUGACUUAAGUAUUAACAUACUUCAUUACUUGGAGUUCAGGAGAAACUCCAUGCAGCACUGAAGCAAGCCCACGAGUGUGAGUGUGUGUACACAUCUGUGUGGAUUUAUGCGUGGAUUUGCAACAGAGAGUCCCUGCUCAUUACUUUGUAGCACAGGAGAAAAGAUAUGGUAGCUGUAAACGGAAAACACUCCUACCACUGCUAGUGCUAGUGGCAUUAUUCAAGUGUUCCUCUGUAGUUUGUGCAUAGUCCUGUUUGCAGCUACUGCCUCUUGCAGAAAAUGAAGGUGUGGCAGAAAGUAGCAACAACUCUGUCUUUUUAGUCCUGUGGUCCCUAAAGUCAGUGUAACAGCUGGAUGUGCUGUGUCAAUGUGCUGUUUUUCAGGUUAACUCGUUUGCCAUAAACCAGUGUCUUGAAGUUUUAAGAAAGACAAAAUAUUUAACAAGACACCAAAGAAAAUAAAGUUGCCAUUCUGAAGCAAGUGUAGAAGGGUCCCAACUGUAGGCAGGCAGACCAAGGGCUCUUUGCAAAGGGCCUUUGUCUCUCAGCAUCUCCUUGACCUCACCUAAAUACACUGGGAGUGAGGCAAAGGGGAUGAAGACGGAAAACUAAUCCAAUGUCCUUAUGACAUCUUCCAGCUUUACUUUACAUGCUACUUUAUAAAUACAAAUAAAACAAGUCUUAAUCUUGGGAGAGCUCAGUUCCUCAGUUUCCAACAAUCCUCCUGAACUUCCAUGAUAUAACCAGGGCACACCAAUACAUAUAGGCAUUAUCUGUUGUCUAAUGAGAUAAGUCUAUGUGGAGGCAUAUUUUGGUUAUAUCACUCGAUAUUUAGCCUAAAUGUAUAGGCUAAAAGCUGUUAGGGCCUCCUUCAUGACUGAAACCUCUCUGCCACUGAAUGCAAAAUGUUUCUCCCUGACUUAGAGUAGUCAUCUUCUCCCAGUACCCUUGUCAGACCUGCUUUUCUGAUGGACUUCAUAGUUUCCUUAAGCCAUUUUGUUUCAGAGAUGUUUUGUCUUCCAAGAUCAGGGAUUCUGAUCAUCUCACACCACUUUAAACCUCUUGUGGUGGCUGCUGAAGCCAGAAUAGAUUGUGUUCAGAUCUUGUGUUCAACUCGGGGGAGGACUUGGCUCUAUAGAGAGAUGAGAGCAAAUUCAGGUGCAGAUGAGUUACUGCAUAAAACUGGUGUCACAUGAGAAUCGAAGCUGGCCUCAUCAGGAGGCACUGCAGCAGAAACACUGUGAUGAAAAGCUGUUCCCAGAAUCACGGGGUGUGUAGUGACAUGUCAGGCAGCUCACUGGCACUGUAAUGAUACUAGGCAAUGGUAAAGAUGUCAAGAGUGGUUUAAAGAAAGUGGGGCAAGCUGCUGUGCUCUGGCAUUGUAAAUUUAAGCUGAGUGUGCUUCUUGGGAAAGGGGACUUAUGACUGUUGAUGUGUCCUGCAAAAUAAUACCUAUACCAUGGUAUCCUGUGAAAUCAGGAUACAGCACCACCGCUUCCAACUCUUCAGUGCACCUCAGAGUGCCACCUCAUGCCACAGAGAGGUAAUUCUGGUCACUACCCUGAAGUCACCAUCCAGUUAAACCAUUAAUUUUUACUUUAUUUUUACAACAGAAGCAAGGACCGAGCCCAAAGGCCCAGCAGCCACCCUAGGCAGCAUUGUGUGACCUGGUGUUGCCUCCCACAGGCUGUGGAGCCACACAGAGCUCCUGAGCCUCAGCCUGCUCUGGGUGUUGGACUGUUACAGGUCUGUGUGGUGUGGCUCCCCACACGGCCCUGUCCCCUGUACUGGGGAGCAGAGCUGUGCCAGGAGGGCUGCGGCAGCCCAGCCCCACCGCCUGGCUGAGCAGAGCUGUGGCUCUGCACUGCUUCCAGGUCUUGGUCCUCUGCAGCUGCAGCUGGGCUGGGAUUUGAGCACUCACUUGUGCUCGCACUGGGUCUGGAAUGCCAGUCAAGCUGACAGAAGCCGUGCACAGGGUGCCACGUAGAGCUCAGCCAAUACCCACUGCACCCAGAACUGGAAUUUAAAUCGUGGUGUCCACAGGACCACUCAUGUUUACAGGGCUCCAACUGAGUCCCACUGAUGCCAGUCUAAAAAGGCAUAUGAGUGGACAAUGCAGCUGUUUGAGACUUGUUUUGUUUUUUAUUUUAACUGAGUUCCUCUGUCUGCAAGGCCCAUAAGCUCUCUGUGCUAGAUAUGUUUACUCACAGCUCUGUGUCACCCUGUUGUAAUACCAUUGAAAGACCCUUCAAGUAUAGAUAGCACUAAUUUCCACUCCGUUAUUUUCUUCUCAGAAUUCAAAGGAAGGUCAGAUUCUGAGGUGAAUUUAAUUGUUUUAUUGAACAACAGCAACUACAGUGGACCAAAAUUUGAGAUAAGCAAAUGUAAAAUAAUUUGGCUCAACUGGUGGAAUUCAUGGGACCAAAUUCUGCUGUCAUGUGGCAUUAGUGCAAGUCUUACCGAGCUUGCUGAAUACUGUUUUUCAAAGGAGAAGCUGGAUAACAAAGAUGGCAUAGCCUUACUGCAGCUGUGUAUAUUAGGCCAGAACUUGAGUUCCAUUAACCCAAUUAAUUAAUGGAAUUCCAUCCAUUUUUGUUCUGGCUGGGCACUCGUCUCAGUGAAAGUAGUUCAGGGUCUGUGUACUAGAGCUGGAAUAACUGCAAGCAGAUUUUCUCUUCAACCAGACCAUGUGUUGACUCAGCCCUGGCUCAGGGAAACCACCACUGACAAGUAACAACGUUAUGGACACGGAGAAGCUUUGACCCACUGGCAGGAGACAUUUACCCUUGAAUUUAUGAAAGAAUUGAAUAGUGGAUAGCAACACAAAUAUUUUAUUUAUAACAGAGGUAGAGUACAAGUUCUUCAGCUGCUGUAAACUGGUAAAGGAGUACUGACUUCAGUGGAGUACAUCCAAUAUGCACACACCAAGGAGCAAACCCUCUAAUCUCAGACUAAUUUUUGCCAGUAUAUCUCUAUGCAGAUAAACUCCAAAGCUUUUAUCAUCAUGCCUUUUUACUGAUCAUGCCAUUGAAAUGAUUAACAUACCAUAAUCCUUGCCUGUGAGGAAAUAUUGUACUUUGCAAAGCUAUGCAGUGUAGAGCACAUCAUAAAACUGCUUUAGACCACACAGUCUGGAGAUGCAUUUUCAGAAACAAGAUGAGCAGAGCAUCUUUUGAUCUGAUGUCAAUUACACCUCACUCUGCACUUCCACAGCUGAGUUUUUCAUACAGACUGAGUGACGGCUGCAUGUCUCUGAUGACUGUGGGCCAAAGCCUCAGCUGAUGUGCCUCUAAGUAGCUCUGUGGAUGUCAGUGCUGAUUUACACCAACUGAAAACCCAGUCCUCUACCUUUUCAUACUGUGCUGCAUGGCCUAAUGCAGCUUUAUAAAUGCACACUGAGGCUGAGCCUGUAUUGAACUAUUCUGAUUCAGCACCAGAUAAUCCCUGCUAAAAAACAUUGGAGGGUAAUUUCUGCUUGCCAUCUAGGCUUGCAUAUGUUUUGGUUUUAACUAAAGGCAUGUUGCAAUUUCAUUACCUCCCAGUUUAAAUAUUUACUGCCAUCAGCAUUAGCUUGCAUAGAAAAAUGGCAAAUAAAUUCAAACAUGUCAUAAAUGCUCUCAGUCUAGAGAUGGAAUCUGUUACUUUAGUUCAAAGACAUUGCAGCAGGCUAAAGUGGUUUUCUUAAGCCAGUUGGGUUCUGUACAUUUAGAAGUCAUGGCAAAUAUUUAUUUAGGCCCAAUUCUGCUGUUCUUCCCCUGAGCAUCCUGGUGAGCAGGUUGCUCCACUAAAGUCCACAGAAUGAACUGUGUGAAUUGGUGCUCAGCACAUAGAUUGCAGAAGCAGGCACUGAAUAUGUCAGGUUGCUGCAAUCAGUGGUUUAAUUUUAGCCAUAUGUAUCAUUUGAGGACACUUAAAAAUUAUGUACAUUUUAUCCAAACUGACAGUCCUUGUAUUUCCAUAAAAUAUUGUAUAACUUACUCCUGUCUGUAUUUUUGACAUCUCUGGAUUGCAUAUCUUCUACUGAAUCUUAAAUACUGUUUGGUUUUUUUAAACCCACAUUCAGAAGGUCUAGGACAUAUCAUCCCAGAAUAUAAAAACAAGUCAAAGAUCUGGUGAUGUUUUGGUUUUGAGCUCUCUUCAGCUUGGCUGUGGUACUCCCAGAAUUUUUGGAAUGGCUCAACUCAAUUCAAGUUUCUUCCUGUCUUUUGAAAAAAAAAAAAAAAAAAAAAAGCAAAAUACAACUAAAGUUUAGGAAAAGCAAUCCCAGCAAACUUGGUGGCUGUUUGCUCUUUCUGGCUGUCCUGAUUUUUUAACCCUGCCAUGUUGGGAGUAGUCUGGUCUGUGGGUUCUCUCACCCACCAUUUCUGGCUGUUGUGGCAAAUACUAUUUUUGUUGCUUUUUUUUUUUCUUUUGUGUGUGUGUGUGUGCGUGCGCAUGUAUAAUUAACCAAAAUAUCAGGAAAAUUUAUAUAUGCUUUCUUCUGGUUCCUGGAAAUAGAGCAACAUUAUGACCUUAUGGUCUUCCAGCAAAAGUCAGAUUUAAUUUCUGCAUUGCAGUGCAACUUAAUUAGCUAUUGGAAUUAGAUUAUGGUUUACUAAAUGGCCUUUUACCUUACGUUCUUAUGUUCUUACUUUUUAUUUACUAUUGAAGUAGCCUCUUCUUUUUCUCAUGUGUGCAAGUAUCAUAUCAAUAAUCAUUGCAAUUCCACAAGGUGUCUUUGUUCUGAACAAGCAUGUUAUCCUUGUAAAGUUUUAAGUAUAAGUUAAGAUGUUUUGUACAGACCAAGGUAACUGUUAAACUGUCAAGCAAUUACUGAAAUGUUGUAUAGUUAUAAAAGUUUGAUUUCUUUUGCUUUAUAUGUAUAAAAUUGUAUCUUGCCUGUUUUGCUUUGUAUUUUCAACGUGUUGCACAAUUAUGCAUUUUGUUUACAUUUGUUCCUUCUUCAGAAAAAAAAAGAAAUAACAGUAAUACUUUAUGUACAAACAUUUUAAAUGUACUUUUGUUGUUUUUAAACACAAUGUCUCUGUAUAAAUAAUAUUGGUUGAACUGGUACAUUCGUGUCUCUCAUAGAGGGAUUAAUUAUACUGCCAGUGCAUUGAAUUAUUUAAA